AUGACUAAAGAAACAAUCCGAGUGGUGAUUUGCGGAGAUGAAGGGGUUGGGAAAUCCAGUCUGGUCGUGUCCCUAACAAAAGCUGAGUUCAUGCCAACUAUACAAGAUGUCUUGCCCCCCAUUAGUAUUCCAAGAGAUUUUUCGUCAUUGCCUUCAUAUUCCCCAAGGAACACAGUACUCAUAGACACGUCUGAUUCAGACCUCAUAGUCUUGGAUCAUGAACUGAAAUCUGCUGAUGUAAUUUGGCUUGUGUAUUGCGAUCACGAAUCCUACGACCAUGUUUCCCUUUUCUGGUUACCUCAUUUCAGAUCCUUGGGUUUAAACAUCCCUGUCAUUCUGUGCAAAAACAAGUGUGAUUCCAUAUCGGAUGCCAAUGCCAAUGCAAUGAUGGCGCCAGCCAAUAGCGACGAUAUUGAUACCAAAGUGGAAGAUGAAGAAUUUAUUCCAAUUUUAAUGGAAUUUAAGGAAAUUGAUACCUGCAUUAAAACAAGUGCCAAGACUCAAUUUGAUCUCAACCAGGCCUUUUAUCUCUGCCAAAGGGCUAUAACCCAUCCAAUUUCGCCCUUGUUCGAUGCCAUGAUAGGUGAAUUGAAACCAUUGGCUGUCAUGGCUCUGAAAAGAAUUUUCCUCUUGAGUGAUUUGAACCAGGAUUCAUAUUUGGAUGACGGCGAGAUCCUGGGUUUGCAAAAAAAAUGCUUCAAUAAAAGUAUUGAUGUCAACGAAUUAAAUUUUAUCAAAGAUUUGCUUUCUGAUAUUUCUAAGCACGAUCAACAGUACGCCAACCGUAAAUUGUACGUGGCGGGAAAGGGCAUCACCAAGGAUGGGUUUCUUGUACUGAAUAAAAUAUACGCGGAACGAGGAAGACAUGAGACUAUGUGGGCUAUACUAAGGACCUUCCAUUACACGGAUUCCUUGUGUAUUAAUGAUAAAAUUCUUCACCCGAGACUCGUUGUUCCUGACACUUCCAGUGUGGAACUAAGCCCCAAAGGGUACAGAUUUCUUGUAGAUAUUUUCCUAAAGUUUGAUACCGAUAAUGAUGGUGGUUUGAAUAAUCAAGAAUUACAUCGUCUCUUCAAGUGCACACCGGGACUACCUGAAUCGUGGACUUCAACAAAUUUCCCCUUCUCCACCGUGGUGAACAAUAAGAGCUGCAUCACGUUACAAGGUUGGUUGGCACAAUGGAGCAUGACAACCUUCUUGAACUAUAGUACGACCACCGCAUACCUAGUGUAUUUUGGCUUCCAGGAAGAUGCAAGGCUGGCUUUACAAGUGACCAAGCCAAGGAAAAUGAGACGCCGUUCGGGAAAACUUUAUAGAUCCAUUGUCAACGACAGGAAAGUGUUCAAUUGCUUUGUUAUUGGGAAGCCUUGUUGCGGCAAAAGUUCUUUACUGGAAGCCUUCCUGGGCAGAUCGUUCUCAGAGGAGUAUUCUCCAACGAUCAAGCCAAGAAUUGCCGUCAACAGCUUGGAAUUAAAAGGUGGGAAGCAGUACUAUUUGAUUUUGCAAGAACUGGGUGAGCAAGAGUAUGCCAUACUAGAGAACAAGGAUAAAUUAAAGGAAUGUGACGUGAUAUGCCUGACUUACGACUCCAGCGACCCAGAAUCGUUCUCUUACUUGGUUUCCCUUCUGGACAAAUUCGCCCAUUUACAAGAUCUUCCCUUAGUAUUUGUAGCCUCUAAGGCAGACCUAGACAAACAGCAACAACGAUGUCAUGUCCAACCUGAUGAACUAGCAGAUGAGCUCUUUGUGAACCACCCAUUGCACAUAUCCUCGAGGUGGCUAAGUUCACUGAACGAACUGUUCAUAAAAAUCACAGAAGCUGCUCUAGAUCCAGGUAAAAACACCCCAGGAUUACCGGAAGAAGCCGCGACAAAAGAUGUCGAUUACAGGCAAACAGCUCUGAUUCUUGGGUCUACUGUCGGUUUCAUAGCACUCUGCUCUUUUACGCUGAUGAAACUGUUCAAGCCAUCAAAGUUUCACAAAUAA